AUGGCUGCUGGAGUUCGUUCUUCCUGCCUGACACUCCCACCACGCUUCCUGAUUUGCACAAGAGAUGACAUCUAUGAGGAUGAAGAUGGCAGACAAUGGGUAGCUGCAAAAGUGGAAACUUGUUCCAACUCACCAUUUUACUACAGGAUUGGAACAUGUAUAACUGUCCACUUGUGUCAGAUGACCAUACUGCCACGUGAGCCUAGUCCCGAGUCUCUCACGAAUUUCAACUUUCUACCCACAAUGUGGAGCUUAGAGUCCAGGAAUAUAUACUGGGGAUCAGACGGCAUGCACUGGAGAUUACUGAAUCAUUACAAGGGUUUUGGCCCAGAGGAACUGAUCCUGAUGCUGGAGUCAAGGUGA